UCGAACACUCUCAAAAAAGAAACACACAGAGAAUUCCAAAAAAGGAUCUUAAGUUAAUUUUAAUGGCGAUGGAAGAGAAACUAGUGAUCAACGAAUUGGAACAAGGGAGAGAUCUUGCUAAACGAUUGAUAAGCAAUCUCAAACACACUUCUUCAAUUGAAUCCAGCAAGAUCAUGAUCUCUGAAAUCCUCCGCAUUUACCAGAAUGCCAUUCUCAUGUUGAGCUUCAAGGAAGACGACAAGAACAUCCCUAAGAGAAACCGUGAGAUUGAAGACAUGGAUUCUAAAAACAUAUCUAAAAAGAGAAAAUUUUCGGACAAGAAGACAGAGGAAGUUAAGGUUUUUGUCGGAACGGAUUCACUUGAUGAUGGAUAUUGCUGGAGAAAGUACGGACAAAAAGAGAUUCAUGGAUCCUCGAAUCCUAGAGGAUACUUCAGAUGCACGCAUCGAUACACGCAGAAGUGUCCAGCACAGAAGCAAGUCCAGAGAUCCGACAAAGAUCCUUCGGUUUUCGAAGUGAAGUAUGUCGGAAACCACACUUGUAACAACAACAGUACUUCCCCAACGACGAAGGCCACGAGCUUCUCUGUUUCGAUGUUCGAAAAAGGAAAAAGAGUUGAUAUUACAGAGAAACAAGAAGACAUAAUUAAACCGACGAAAACCGAAGAAGUGAUAAUAAGUCUUGAAGAUUUGGAGUACAAGAAGGAUAUUUUCAAGACGUAUUCUUUCUCUACUAACCAUGAGAUUGAGAAUUUUGGUGGUUGGAAUCUGACUCCUACGACUCCAUCAGGGUCAGGAAUCACCAGCGAGAUUGUAACUACGGGUCCAGCAUCUACUGUUGAGGAUUGGGGAACUGUAGAUUCGUGUUUCUCUUCGUUGGAAAACAUCAUCGAUUUGGGACAGGACUUGUGGUCCUGACAUUUGAACUGGUGAAUGUAAUGUUAUCUGUGGCAGUAAUUAUAGAUGGUGAGUUAUAAGGUUUAUAUUAGUCUUUUGCCGAUGGUUAGAGAUUGGCUUUUAGGAUGCUAUGAGUUUUACCCUUACUUGUUUCAAUAGGGUUUGUGUGAAUGAAUGCCCAAUGAAGUUUGAUUUUACUUGAUGACACAGUCAAAUAAAAAAGUGAGUUUAGUAUAUAAGGUUUAGCAUUGUGAACUGUAACAUAUGCUUCAGGAAUUCAAAUCAUUAUCUGAGGUUUCAAAUGAAUGCUUCAUUUCAACUUUUGGUGAAAAAAAAAGAACUGAUGAGUAUAAUGGGCCUUGAGCCUAAAAUCAAGCCCAAUAACGAUUUAAUAGCCCAAAACCGAACCGAGACUUGAGUCGAUAUCAUCGAAAGAAUCCUGCAGAGAUAGCCGGAGAAGACCAAAACAAAAAAAAGUUCCGAAGAAGAAGAAGAUGAUCUACCGUAAGUGGAGUCUGCUUUCCGGUCCACCGGUUAUCCUCGGCGGAGCCGUAAUUGCCGCCGUCGCCGUUGGCAUCCUCGUACAAAACGUUUCGAAAGGGGAACAGAAGAAGAGUGUCUCAUCAAACAAGUGAAAAAGAAAAGGAAAAGAUUUGGGGAGAAGAUGCUACAAAUAAACUGUGUAGUGUGAGUUUAAACAUUUUAGUUCAUGCAGUGUAAGCUCAAUAAUUAAAAUCCUUUUUGGAAGCUUUUUUCGAAUACACAGAUCGUUUUUGGUGUUUUUGGAUUCGUAUUGCCGAUAAUAAUAUUUCAUUUUGCA